UUUGACUUUUUUGUUUCGCAGCAGCUGCCAAUUACUGGCUAGGUAAACCUAACGAAUCAUCAUCCGCAUCUGGUUAAAGCGGGAUCCAUGGUUGACCGAUUCACGGGUCGAAGGGACACGAAGAGGAAGAUGCGCAGAUGGAGAUCGUCUGUGUCCGCCUUGUUGUUUGACCCAAAUCAUCCUACGCCAAUCUCUUUUGGAUAUCAAGUCGGAGUUGGGUUAUCCAGCUCGUCACCUUCGCGGAAUAUGCUGACCUGCACGCAAUCAUUCAUCCCUGAUUGGCUCGUAUUUUAAGAAUCGCAUCCAAAGAACUUGUCAUCAGAUGAAAAGUCGGGUUCUGUGCCUUUCCUUUUCAUUUGCUUUGGAGGAGCAAUUUCGAUGUUUACUUCCUGCAUGGUCCUUUGCCUUUGAAGUUUCGAUGUUUACCUCCCGUGUGGUCCUUUGCCCUUUGAAGUACUCCGCUUUCUUCCCUGCAAGUGAUCCGUCUGUUCUUGGAUUCUUUGACUUUAAAUUGAAGUUUGUUUGAGCAAACGAAGAGAAAAAGAAGAAGAAGAUUGGAGAGUGAGUUCUUUUGUUGCAGGUUGGGAGCAAUUUAAUUUAGUUGGUUGACUUUCUAGGAGUCCAAACAUACUGGUGGUUUGCAUCAAAACAUGAUGUUGGGGCAGAGACUUUGAUAGGGUUUGAGGAGAGUAUACGACCAUGGAUCCUCUGUUCUUUGAUUCCUCCGCUUGUAUCAAUGGAGAUGAUCGUCCCAUAGAUAGCCAUGCCUUUUCAACUAGUCCAGAUCGAUACCCGAGUCUCACAGAUGGUUUCUUUUUGGAUGACCCUUUCCUAGAUCUUAAAUCCUCAGAUAGUGCUUUUCUUUCGAAUAAAGUAGACCGUCCAAAUGAUCUCCCUUCAAAAUCUAUCGACCUCGGUAUUGGAGAUCUAAUGUUUCCCUCGACAAGAGGGAUCUCAAAUGGAGGCCCAUUUGGUCCAUCUAUGACCUUGAGAAGUGCCCUGCCUCCGUUGGGGGACACUGAUUCAUCGGAUCCUGUUCUAAAGUACAUAAGUCAGAUGCUUUUGGAAGAGAACAUGGAGGAGCAACCGUGGGAAUUUGCUGAUCAGGUUGCUCUGCAGAAUGCAGAAGAGUCAUUGUACAAUGCCCUUGGUCAGCAGCAUUCAGAGGUGUCUGUUCAGAGCCCCUCACAGUUUGUUUUAAGCCAUUAUAUCGAGAGCCCAAAUGGCAACCUUUCUGGAAGUGCCAGUGCUUGUGGAAGCCGCGAUGCCACAAGUGUUACUGUUAGCUCUAGCGACUCAGCUGUUGCUAAUAUUCUUUACACAAUUGAAGAACAUAACCAUGCUGUGCAGGAAAAUUCUGACCUGGACUUCCAGUCGAAUGUGGAUUCCAGUUCACGGUUGUUGUCUAAUUCUUCAAGCAGCAUCGCGAAUUAUGAUGAUGGGUCUGAGGAAUCUUUGCGUGAGCUUCUUGUCAAGAGCAUUUUCAGUGAUAGUGAGUCUAUGGUUCAGUUCAAGAAAGGAUUAGAGGAGGCCAGCAAUUUCCUUCCUACAAACAGUCAAUUAGGAAUUAACCCAGAGGACAGCAAACCACCAUUGGAAACAGAGAAAGGAACCCCAAGAAUGCUCAUCAAUGAGGAGAUCAACAUGAGGUGCUUAUCUGAUGGAUUCAAGGGAUUCAAAAAUCAUGAGAGGGACGAGGACGCUUUUGAGGAAGGCAGGGCCAAUAAGCAAACAGCCUUGUAUACAGAGGAGAGUGAAUUUUCCGAUUUGUUCGACAGGGUGUUGCUAUGCAACGAAAAUGGUGAGGCUAUGUGUUCUGGCGAUAAAUCUGUGGAGACAGGGCUGAACAAAGACAUACGACCACAAAGGAAGAAGCGCGGUUCCAAUAGAGGUAGGGGUCGUGGCAAGAAGCAGGGAAGUGAGAAUACUGUUGACUUGAGCACUCUUCUGAUUCUCUGUGCCCAAGCCAUCUCUACUAGUGACUUCAGGACCGCUAAUGAAUUAUUGAAGCAGAUUAGAGAGAACUCUUCUCCAUCUGGCGAUGGGUCUCAAAGACUGGCCCAUUACUUUGCCAAUGGGCUAGAGGCACGAUUGGUGGGCAAUGAGACUCGAACGCAGCACUUCUAUUCUAUUCUUGUUGCCAGGACGACCUCAGUAGCCAAUAUCUUGAAAGCUCUUCACCUUCACAUUUCGACAUGUCCGUUUCAUAAGUUAUCCAUUUGCUUUGGAAAUUACAUGAUUUUGAGAAUAGCAGAGAAAGCCACUACCUUACAUAUAAUAGAUUUUGGCAUUGCAUUUGGUUUUCAAUGGCCAACCCUCAUACAGAAGCUCUCUUCUCGAUCAGAAAGGCCCUGUAAAUUGCGCAUCACGGGGAUAGAGCUUCCACAGGCUGGUUUUCGCCCAUCAGAAAAACUUGAGGAGACAGGUCGUCAUUUGGAGAAGUAUUGUGAGCGUUUUAAUGUCCCUUUUGAAUUCAAUUGCAUAGCAUCGAAGAAUUGGGAAUCCAUCAAACUCGAGGAUCUCAAGAUUCAAAGCAAUGAGACGGUUGCUGUGAAUAGUUUAUAUCGGUUUGGCAAUCUCCUUGACGAGACAGUUGGGGACAACUGUCCACGGGAUGCUGUGUUGAAUCUAAUUUGGCAAAUUAAACCGGAUAUUUUUUUUCAUGCUGUAUCUAACGGCUCCCACAAUGCGCCCUUUUUUCUGACAAGAUUCCGUAUGGCACUUUUUCGUCUUUCUGCAGUGUAUGAUAUGUUUGAUGCUAUUUUAGAUGGCGACAGCAAUGAGAGGUUGGUUAUUGAGAGAGAGUUCUAUGGACGGGAAAUUAUGAAUGUUGUAGCAUGUGAAGGUUCGGAAAGGGUUGAGAGGCCAGAAACGUACAAGCAAUGGCAGGUUCGUCAUGUGAGGGCUGGGUUUAAGGCGAUUCCUCUGGACCAAGAGCUCAUGACGUUGUUUAGGGGUAAGAUGAAAGAAUGUUACCACAAGGAUUUUGUGCUUAAUGAUGACGGCUACUGGAUGCUGCAAGGUUGGAGAGGUCGAAUUCUCUAUGGUGCCUCCUGUUGGGUGCCCACUUAGGAUGGCUCCAAAAGGAAUGUUUUCUGUCAUGACCUGCAAAUUGCAGGGAUUCUUACCGAGUCGACAGGUCAAGGAUUUUAUUAGAGUAGCUUAGAAUGUACCUAUCUCCCGCUCUUCUGUUUGCGCAUGUAUCUUUUUAAUUGCAAACUGUUUUGAAUCUGCAAUGUUUUCUUACUGUUUAUCAAACCUUGAGAUAGGAAGAUACGUUUUGCAGCUUCUAUGCUGCACGGCAUUGCUGAUUUUGCCGAUAUUGUGUCAUGAAUUGUCUAUUAUAUAUCUCCCGAUUUCUGCAAGUAACAUGGCAGCUCGAAGCUGAUAAUGGGUAUGGGUGCGGGAUUAUCAUGUA